ACUGUCGAUUUUCAAACCCUUCUUAAAACGAAACCAAUUAACGAAAAAACACAACCAGUAGCGCGAUUCCUGUGGCGUUACCGUUUUCACGCGGCAGCUUUGCAACGUACCGUACGGUGGCAUCACUAUCGCACAUAAGCGUAAGACCAGGAAAAUUGCAUUGUAUUUCGCAAUCGCUUCAAGAACAAUAUUUUUCCACAAUAUUCAAAUUCAUAGUUGAAUUAUAUUAAGUCUAAUAGCUCUAGUUCCAGAAAUAAAAAAAAUAACAUUUAUUUUCUAUACCAGUACAUUCGUGAUAUCGAUAACAAUUCUUGUAUAAUUGAUUUCAUCAAUUUAUAUAUAUUAUAUUGCGCAGCCGCUUUUUCUUUUGAAUCUGUUUCGAACAAACGCGCGAGAUUAGGAGAAAACAUUAAGUUUAUCACGAAGCAAUGCACGUGGUACGACAGAAUACAAUCAAACAUUAUUAUCUAUAAUUUUGUAUGUUUAUAAUCACAUCAGUGAGAAGUAAUACAUUUAUGGGGACAAUGGAAGUCAGUGUAGGAGACGUAGUAAUGCCUGGUGAUACUAUAAAAGAUAUUACUACAAUUACCAAAAAAGAAACAAUCAUUUUAGGACCUGGACUUCGUCGUGAAGCUGAUACAGUAUUUGCAUAUAAAGCAGGUGUACUAAAGAAAACAGAACCAGCUGUAUAUUAUGUAGAUAGUUAUCAAAAGCGUUAUGUACCAAACCGCGGAGAAAAUGUAGUUGGUAUAGUAACACAGAGAAGUAGUGAUAUUUUCAAGGUAGAUAUAGGUGCCAGCGAACAAGCAUCUCUUUCAUAUCUGGCAUUUGAAGGAGCUACAAAGAAAAAUCGUCCUGACAUUCAGGUCGGAGACCUUGUGUUUGCAAAGCUUUUAGUUGCCAGUAAAGAUAUGGAACCAGAACUUGUAUGUGUGGAUUCUCAUGGUAAAGAAAAGAAAUUGGGCGCUUUAAGCUCUGAAGGCAUGCUUUUUACUUGUUCUUUGAGUCUUGUCAGAAAAAUAUUAAAUCGCAAUUCCCUAUUGUUCAAAACACUUUCACGUAGUCAAGCAUUUGAAGUUGCAGUUGGUAUGAAUGGUAGAGUUUGGGUCAAAGCAAGGACUAUUCAAGAAACAAUAGCAGUAGCAACUGCUAUUUUGGCAGCAGAAUAUGCUCCACCUAAUGGUAUUAAAAAAUUAUGCUUAGACAUUGAAAAGACUUUACUUUUAACUCAGUGUGGUAAUGUAGAUUAAUUGUAAUAAAGGAAGAAACAAAUGUUAUGAAUGAUUUUAUUUAUUGUAUCAAUAUUUUUAAUGAGUUUUAUAAAUAAAUCUGUAUGAUUUCUUAUA